AUGCCUUUUGCUGCACCACAUGCAGAGCGUGGGGGACGUGCGGCCAUUGGUGCUACUGCUGCCUUCCAACCUGGUGCCAAUGAUUCAACACCUGUGGUGGAAGCUGACCAGUUCUACCACUCCCCACCCGACGACGACGCACCACAAACAAUUGCCUUGCGACAUCCAAGCCCGAAUGCUCGCAAUAUCAAAACAAUUACAAGCACCGCUAUAGGAGGGGGCAAGCUGGAUUUCUCCACCCAAGAAGCAAUUGCUCGGCAUGGGCUGUUGCAAGAGUCCACCUUCCCUGACUGGGAGGAUGACGCCGCCAGGAGUGGUCUCGAAAGCCCAGAUGAGAUGCAGAAGAAAGAUCCAUUAGGGACGCAGAUAUGGAAGCUGUACAGCAAGACAAAGACCCGCUUGCCCAACCAGGAACGUAUGGAAAACCUGACUUGGCGAAUGAUGGCCAUGAAUCUGAAGCGCAGAGAACAGAUGCAAGCCAUGUCGCAGCAGAGCAAGCCUCCAUUAUUCAGCGGCAUUGGGCAGAUGCACAAACCAAUGGAGGACAUCAAUGGAACCGCACCCGAUCCCAUGAAUCUUGACGACUUCAUCAUGCCCAACUCGAUCGCUUCGCCUGCCGGUCUUACACCGCCGACGACGGAAAGUCCGGCAAAAGCCGCCCACAAAACUUCUGCUCUACCCAUCAACACAAAGAAAGAUGCACAGCCGAGUACUUCCUCUACACUCAUUCCGGGUUCUGUCCCACAGCCCUUGGCGCGGUCGGGUCGGCCACAUGAAUUUGACUAUGUCGAGAGACGGGUCCGCAAGACAAGUGUCGAUGAAAGAAGGGCUCGAAAGCGCCCUGCCGAAUUCUCACCUCAAGUGCCUGCCACAACUGUGUCAAUGAACUCCACUGAUGCAGGAGUCGAUUUAGGGGUACCAGAUUAUAUCCUGGACCAGAAUUCAAGUCGACAGCAAUAUCCAGUUCACGCCAGUACUCACCCGCAAGUCCCCUUCUCUAUCGAUACUUUCAACGUUAAUGAAGACCCCAUUCUCAACUCCGCUGGGCCCUUCCAGCAAAACUUUACCUUUUCUCCAACCGGAUCACCCCUUGUAGCUAACGGUCCGUUUUCGAAUGUUUACAAUCCCACUUCUGUGGCAUCUUCCCUCAAUUCUACCGAUUAUUACUCUCCUCCUGCUUCCGGCCUUCCAUCCACCGCUUCGACGCCCCAACCCGGCCAUGAUAAUGAACAUCAACAAUAUUAUUUUGACGUGCUGAACUAUGGAGGUCAGAGACCAGCACACCUAGGACCUUCUAUGCACUCGCCAUUUCCUUAUGGCUCUGGGAAUGAGCCAAGAUUCAAUGGAAUGUGUGCGUCAGGAGCUUCUUCAGGUUAUCCCAUGCAGCAGCAACAUGUAAAUCCUUCCAAUGUGCUUGUACCGGAAUAUAGACAAAGGGUUUCACCAGGCGUCACCAUGGCCAGCCACGACAACAUGUUUCAAUUUGGAGUAGAUUCAGACAACGAUGACGACGAUGAUGGAGGAGCUUUCCCGGAUCGAAAUGUGAUACUCCAAGCAGAAUAUGGUGGUGUUGGCGACCCCACUCUUGAUCUUAAUUCCAGCAUUCAAUGGGAUUCAAAUGUUCGUGAAUACCAUGGCUAUCCGAGAUUUGGACAGGGAAAGCAAGUCAGGAUUGGGGGUGCUGAAAUCGUCAAUUCUCCUCCUGAUUGGAGUGGUGGACCAGGGCUGGGACGAACACAUGGCUCAGCAGCGUCUGUAAGCGACAUUCGUAAUCGUGAUCAGGAUUCCCGGAGACAGAAAAUUCCUCGCACCACUUCAACACCCGCAUUAUCAAAUCAAGGACCGCACAUGCACCCAUCAAACCCCACGUCUCCGCCCGAAUCUAGCUUCAGCAGCGCAGCUCCUUCUCGGCCCGAAAGUCCGAGUCUCAAGAACAGUGAACAGAAUGGUGCUCCUACAACUUGCGCAAACUGCUUUACGCAGACCACACCUUUGUGGCGGCGUAAUCCAGAAGGUCAUCCGCUCUGCAAUGCUUGUGGGCUGUUCCUGAAACUGCACGGCGUUGUUCGGCCGCUUUCUUUGAAAACAGAUAUCAUCAAGAAGCGCAAUCGCGGAAGUGGAGCUACGAUGCCUGUUGGCACAGCUUCAACCAGGGCGUCUAAGAAGGCAUCUCGAAAGCCGUCGAUACACCAGACACCCGUGACAACUCCCAAUUCUAAUCAAACCAUGAGUGAGAACAAUUCAGCUUCUCCGCAGUCAGUACAAGGAUCAACCAACAGUGGACACACCCCAACCACUCCGACAUCAUUCCCUCCCACCACUAACGGCGUCAAGGCUGGUGUUGUCCCAAUUGCCGCUGCACCACCGAAGCCCGCACCUCCCCUGGCUGCAGGGCAGACAAACCCGCCCUUUCAGGUCACGCCAAAACGUCAACGACGUCUCUCGAAGGUAUCAGCGCCUUCUGCUGGUUCCGGAAGUCAGCAGCCUCUGGUGUCGGCAUCUUUACCGGGCCGUGUGAACGAUGUCACAGCAUCACAGCCUAUUUCUGAUAGCAGACAUGUACAGGCUCCCGUUACUCGAGCAAAAGCGGCCAACUUUUCCAUCAAUUCCGGACCAACUGGAAUGGCAACCAUAAUGCAGGGUGCAGAGAUGAUGGGCUCAGGUCGCGCUGGAGGCAUGAGUCAGGGCCUCACUGCUGCUGGGCAGCAGAACAGUGGUCAAGAAUGGGAAUGGCUUACCAUGAGUUUAUGA